AUGUACAAAGGGAGGCGGGUGCUCCUAGCGGGUUCGGACCAAGAGUUCUGCGCCGCCCUGGGCGGAGCCUGGAGGGGGUCCCGGGGUCUUCCCCGCCCGGACCCCCCUAAUCUGGGGCCCACAAUCCUCCAGCGCCCCGCGGCCUGGUGGCUAGGGGAGGGCCGGCCGUGCGCGUCCGCGUCCGGGGAACAAGGCCUGGGCCGGUCGGGACACACCGUCCCCCACUGCCGCAGCCGCUGCCUGGCCUUGAGAGAGAAGGUUGCCAUGCGCCCCUCCUCUUUGACCUUGGAUGACUUCACCCAGCCAUCACCGUCCCCCUCUCCACCAGGGGAGACAAGGGAGGAGAGCCUACCCUGGCACCAACGAUGCCGCCCCACAGAUGCCACCAAGGGGCUGCUUGUGGCACUGCUGGGUGGAGGCCUUCCUGCAGGCUUUGUGGGGCCCUUCUCUCGAAUGGCCUAUCAAGCCUCCCAUCUACCCUCCCUUGAGCUUCUCCUUUGCCGAUGCCUUUUCCACCUUCCCAUCGCCUUGUUCCUCAAACUACGAGGUUGUCCACUGCUGGGGCCUGCAGGUAACCGACACAGAGCCUGGCUCCAUGCCCUCCUCAACGUCCUCAGCAUUGGUUGUGCCUACAGCGCCGUCCUGGUUGUACCCGCUGGCAAUGCAGCCACUGUCCGCAAAGGUUCCUCCACCGUCUGUUCUACGCUCCUUGCCCUGUGUUUGGAGAGCCAGAGACUCAGUAGCUAUGACUGGUGUGGCCUGGUCGGCAGCACCCUGGGCUUACUUAUCAUUGUGGGCCCAGGGCUGGGCACCCUACAGCAGGGAUCAGAAGGGGUCUACACAGCACUUGGCUAUGUGUUGGCUGUCUUAGGUGGCCUGGCCCUUGCCCUGGGGCUGUUGGUUUACAGAUCCCUGGACUUCCCUUCCCGCCUACUGACUGUGACAUUUCUCUUUGGUAUUGUAGGGGUAAUGGGGGCCUUGCCAGGGCUCUUCCUCUUGCAGACACCUGUGAUACCCCAUGACCCACUAAGUUGGAGCUGUGUCUGGGCUGUUGGGGUCCUGGCCCUGGUUUCAUUUGUAUGUGCCAGCUAUGCUGUCACCAUGGCCCACCCAGCACUGGUGUGUGCUGUGCUACAUUCUGAGGUGGUGGUGGCAUUGAUGCUGCAGUACUAUGUACUCUGUGAGACUGUGACACCAUCCGACAUCAUGGGGGCAGGAGUUGUAUUGGGUAGCAUAGCCAUCAUCACUGCUCAGAAUCUCAGUUGUGAUCGAGAAAGAGAGGGUCUUAAGGAAUGA